UCGUUUGUCCGCGCGCAUGCCUAGAUACGCUCAGCGUCUUAGGCGGUUGAUUGGGAGUAGGCGUCUCGAGUACCUCCAGGAACUGCUUUAGCCGCCAUGGGGAGACGCCCCGUUGUGGGUGCUGACUCUAUGGGACCGUGAGGAUACAGUCCUGACGAAAAAGGGGCCUUGUGCCGAGCCGGAGCCGCCGGAAGGAUGGAAGAUCAGGCAGCUCCAGGCUCUGGGGGCGGCGACGAGCCCCCGGGCCCUAGCAAGAUGAACGCGAAACGGAGCGGGCGCUCCUCGGAAGAGGAGACCCGGAAUAAGACGAAGUUGAAUAUCCAAAUAAAAACUUUGGCAGAUGAUGUGCGUGACAGAAUAACGAGCUUCAGGAAAUCAACAGUGAGAAAGGAAAAACCGUUAAUUCAGCACCAUGUUGACACACAACCUACUAUUAGUGAAAUUCCACUCGCCCAGGCGCUUCUGGAUGAACGGUGCAUGAACUUAUCUGAAAAGGAGGUUAUGGAUCUCUUUGAAAAGAUGAUGGAGGACAUGAAUCUUAACGAAGAACGGAAAGCUCCUCUAAGAGAGAAGGAUUUAUCCACGAAACGUGAGAUGGUUGUCCAAUACAUUUCUGCUACUGCUAAAUCCAUAGUCGGAAGUAAAGUUCCGGGUGGACUCAAAAAUAGCAAGCAUGAAUGCACACUGUCAUCUCAAGAGUAUAUUCAUGAGUUACGAUCUGGAAUAGCUGAAGAAAAACUGCUUAACUGUCUUGAAUCGUUGAGAGUGUCUUUAACCAGCAACCCGGUUAGCUGGGUUAACAAUUUUGGACACGAAGGCCUUGGACUACUUUUGGAUGCCUUGGAAAGGCUUUUGGAUAAGAGACAACCAGAAAAUAUUGACAAGAAGAAUCAACAUAAACUCAUCCAAUGUCUGAAAGCUUUUAUGAACAACAAAUAUGGACUUCAGCGGAUUCUUGGAGAUGAAAGAAGCCUUUUACUUUUAUCAAGAGCGAUCGAUCCAAGGCAGCCACAUAUGAUGACAGAAACCGUGAAAAUACUUUCUGCAAUCUGCAUUGUUGGAGAGGAAAAAGUUCUGGACAAGGUCUUAGGAGCUAUAACAACUGCUGCUGAAAGGAAUAAUAGAGAACGCUUCUCUCCAGUUGUUGAAGGACUGGAGAAUCAUGAAUUCUUACAACUGCAGGUAGCCUGCAUGCAGUUCAUCAAUGCCCUUGUUACAUCUCCAGAAGAACUUGAUUUCAGGAUUCACUUGAGAAAUGAGUUUUUACGUUGUGGCCUGAAAAAAUUAUUGCCUGCCUUGAAAGAGAAGGAGAAUGAAGAGCUUGAUAUUCAGUUGAAAGUGUUUGAUGAGAGCAAAGAAGAAGACUUAAUUGAACUAUCACAUCGUCUGAAUGAUAUCAAAGUUGAAAUGGAUGAUGUGAAUGAAGUAUAUCAUUUGUUGUAUAAUAUGUUGAAAGAUACUUCUUCUGAAAACCACUUUUUGUCAAUUCUACAACACUUCCUUCUCAUCAGAAGCGAUUACUAUGUCCGACCUCAAUAUUACAAGGUGAUUGAAGAAUGUGUAUCACAGAUAGUACUGCACAGCAGUGGCAUGGACCCAGAUUUUAGUUGCAGAGGAAGAAUGGACGUGGAUUUUACCCAUCUUAUUGAUGCAGCUGUAGACAAAACUAAAGUAGAAGAGAGUGAGAAAAAAGCAGCAGAAUUUUCCAAGAAAUUUGAUGAGGAGUUCACAGCUCGACAAGAGGCACAAGCAGUACUUCAGAAACGAGAGGAGAAAAUCAAAGAACUUGAAGCAGAAAUCAAACGAUUACAAGCCCGGGGUCCUCCUCCAGCAAUUGCGAAUGUGCCACCUUCUACAGCAUCCCUGCAACCUAGUGGAACAGCGCCGCCUCCUCUAACCAAUGAGGUGGCUUCUCUGCCACUGCCGCCACCACCGCCGCCACCACCACCGCCUCCGCUGCCUGGUGGGGCCGCAAUUCCUCCUCCGCCUCCGCUGCCUGGUGGGGCCGCAAUUCCUCCUCCGCCUCCGCUGCCUGGUGGGGCCGCAAUUCCUCCUCCGCCUCCGCUGCCUGGUAGGGCUGCAAUUCCUCCUCCGCCUCCGCUGCCUGGUGGGGCCGCAAUUCCGCCUCCGCCUCCGCUGCCUGGUGGGGCCGCAAUUCCGCCUCCGCCUCCGCUGCCUGGUGGAGCCGCAAUUCCGCCUCCGCCUCCGCUGCCUGGUGGAGCCGCAAUUCCGCCUCCGCUGCCUGGUGGGACUGCAAUUCCGCCUCCGCUGCCUGGUGGGACCGCAAUGCCUCCGCUGCCUGGUGGUGGAGCAGGGCCUCCGCCUCCACCACCUGGUGGGCCUCCAAUGGCGCCAUUUCUUGGUAGUUAUCCGUUUGCUCCCGUUCCUGUGAUGCCGGCAUUACCACAUGGAAUGAAGGAGAAGAAAAAAUAUAAUGUGGAAGUAUCUAUGAAGAGAAUCAACUGGUCCAAGAUUGAGCCUUACAAGAUAGCAGAAAACAGCUUUUGGAUAAAAGCUGAAGAAAAUAAAUUUGAAAGCCCAGAACUAUUUGCAAGAUUGGCAGUCACCUUUGGAACACAAAUGAAAGCUAAAAAGGCAGUAGAAAAACAAGAAGAAAAGAAAACAGAACAGUCAAAGAAAAAGAACAAAAUAUUAAGAGUUUUGGAUGGAAAAACUUCACAAAACUUAUCAAUAUUUUUGGGUUCUCUACGUAUGCCUUAUGAAGAAAUAAAAAACAUCAUUUUAGAGGUUAAUGAAGAGAAGCUGACUGAAACCUUUGUUCAGGCUGUAAUGAAGAAUCUUCCUGAACAGGAAGAAAUUAAUGCCUUAGCUGCAUUGAAGGAUGAAUAUAAUGAUCUUGCUGAGUCAGAACAAUUUAUAAUCGUGAUGAGUUCAGUGAAAAUGUUGAGGUCACGUCUCAGUGCAAUUCUUUUCAAACUUUCAUUUGAAGACCAUAUAAACAAUAUCAAGCCUGGCAUUAUGGCAGUUACACUAGCUUGUGAAGAGCUGAGGAAGAGUGAAAGCUUUAGUAAGCUUUUGGAGUUAGUGUUGCUCCUUGGAAACUAUAUGAACACUGGCAGCAGAAAUGAACAGUCUCUUGGUUUUAACAUCACAUUUCUUUGCAAGAUUAUAGAUACUAAAUCAACAGAUCAGAAGACAACCUUACUGCACUUUCUGGCGGAAGUGUGUGAGGAGAAUUAUCGAGAUAUCUUAAAAUUCACAGAUGAACUGCAGCAUGUUGAGAGUGCAAGUAAAGUUUCAGACAAAACUCUGAAGAGCAACCUAGACUCAAUGAACAAACAGAUCCAAUGCAUAGAAAAUGACAUUAAGAGAUUUCCUAAAACAGACGAUGAGCACGAUAAGUUUGUAGAGAAGAUGAGCAUCUUUGCUGAGAAUGCACGAGACCAAUAUGAAAAGCUGUCCUGCAUGUACAGCAACAUGAUGAAGUUAUAUGAGAAUUUGGGAGAAUACUUCACUUUUGACGCCCGCUCAAUAAGCAUGGAAGAAUUUUUUGGUGAUCUGAACAAGUUUAGAAUUCUGUUCUUGGAGGCGUUAAAAGAAAACAACAAAAGAAGAGAACUGGAAGAAAAAAUGAAGAGAGCCAAAUUGGCAAGAGAAAAGGCUGAGCAAGAGAGGCUGGAGAGACAGAAAAAGAAGCAACGGCUGCUUGAUAUGAACAAAGAAGGUGAUGAGACUGGAGUGAUGGAUAGUCUCCUCGAGGCCUUGCAGUCAGGAGCUGCAUUCAGAGACCGCAGAAAGCGUGUACCACGAGAUAACAGACAAGUGGGUUUGGAAGACUCUCGUACUCGUCACAGUGGAACAAGAGCAGCUCUAUGAUUCUUCUGAUGCCAAAGAAUUUAGUGAAUUGUUUUAUUUACAAUUACAUUGAUAUAUUUUUGAGAGUUUAUCAUCCAAAUUGGCAAC